GGGUACACUAUGGUAAUUUAUCGUCGUUUGUAUGUGUAUGUGUGUUUAGUUAAAUUGCUUUAAUAGUAGUAAAUACAAAGUAAAUUUAAAAAGUCAGCGGUUGCCGAGCUACUUCGCGAAACGGCGAGAAAACGCACGCGCACAGUUUCCCCAGCACUUUCCCGCCUAUAAAGAUGGAAAUGUUUCUCAAAGACUCUGACAGAAAAAUGACUCUAUAGGCAUUAAAGUGAUGAAAACUCUUCACUUAAUGCCUAAAGUUGUCUAUUUUUGUACUUUUUCAUUAAAACAACUUUAUCACAGACUACUUUUUAGACAGGUCCAUAAAUAUUAAAAACUCUACAAGAGCCUCUGUCUUGUCUGCAUCCACCUCCAAGUUCAAGUCUCUCCUCUCCAACUCGUCUGAUAGAAGUGAUGGUAAAAUUAUCCGGCGAAACGAAAGAAACACAUCCCGUAGCCUGGAGAUCGACUGCAGAAAUGGUUAACCCCAGUUGUGGAAAUGAACCACAUGUAGACAAGUUUAAAGAGCAUCAGUCUCAAUGUGAAGCAGUACAAUAUAAAGAAUCAGACAAAGAAAUAUCCAUGAGUGCAGAUGAACGAGAAGCUGUUUCCGGUUCUGUCGUGGUCCAAGGCAAUGCAUGUGACGGAUUAGAGCCUGCUGAUGUUCAGGAAAUUGACACAGACCUGAUUGUUGUCCUCCCUGAAGAGAUACAAUGCAGUGUAACCACAACAGAAACUGAAGAACUUUGUACUGAUAUCAAAAACGAGCCCCAGGACCAGAAAGAUUUGGAAGGUGCCAUCAUUAAAUUCCUUGGAGACUUGGAUGAAACCAAGGCAACCUCUAGUCCUCAAAGCUCCCCAAACCCUUCACCUUCCCUACAUGUUAACCGAGAUGACCUGCCUUUUCAAGAAAUAGAAGAGAACAGCAUGGACCCAAAGGCCAGAGAUGAUCAUGCUGAAAGGUUAUCAGAUACAAUACUAGAGCAUACAGAAGAAACAUGUUUCAGUAGUGAGAUACAAUCGCAGGCUACUGAAGAGACGGAACCUUUGGAGCCUCCAGCAAAGAAAAGAUUAAAGAGAAGAAUGGGUAUGUGUGGUCUAGGAGACAGGAAGAAGAAGUUGCUCUUUGAUGGACGGCACUGUAGGCAGGGUCUUCUAGGAAGACAGAGGGAAGAACGAGCUCUUAAAGGAAAUGAAGUUGUCCAGCACUUGUAUAACACUGUGUUAGAGAGUGAUGGUACCACACCAAUGGACCAUGAAAGAACUACUGGACCUGCAUGUAAGGAAAAUGAUGAAGAGGUUCUGAAAGCCAGUGAGAAGCAUGGUGCUGCAGUGAUGGAUGAUGAUAGAACAACAGGAGAAGCAGAAAAGGAGGAUAGAUACAACACGAGUAAAUGCACUGUGUUAAUGAAUGAUGAAGCAAACGCAGAUGAAUCCCCAAAAGAAUAUACAGAUGUUCUGAAAAAAGGCACCUCAGAAGAAAACCAUGGAACGGUAAACAUGGAUGACAAAGGAACUGCUGAACAAGUGGUUUUUAUGCUUGACCCAUUAGAAGAUACAUCAACAGGGAUGGGUCAAGCACUACCAAGUCUCACCACUGGGACAAACUUAAACAUGAUCCAAGAUGAACUGUCAGGACCUGCUGCUCCCAGUGACCAUCAGAUGGAACCUGCUACCUGUGGUGAAGAACCAAACUUCCCUGGGACUGAAAUGACCAACAGUGGACAAGAUAUGGAGUUCAACAUGAAACAUGAAGUUCAGUGUGAGAGACAAACUCAUCAUACUGAUAAUAAAGUACAUGAGGACCCUGACGAGAUUGCAGCGGAAGUUGAAGUUGCACAUGAAGUGAGUGGUGGCACAACUUGUGCUGAGAUAGAAGUGUCUGAAGAUUCUGUCAUGGUCACUAAAGUGGUCCAAGCGGUUCAAACUGGUUUGGAAGAAUGUGAAAUAGAGAUUGAAGAGAAGCAUCCACCUAAUUUUGCUGCCACUGAGAAACAUGAACCAAAUAGUCCUGACCUCAGCAGGUCCACUGAAAAAGGAUUAGACCAUAUGGGUAUUCUGGAGGUCACUUCCACUUAUGAAACACAGAAUGAAAAAGGUCAGGGUGAAAAUGACCAGUCUGCUACAGCUGUAUACGAGGGUAUGGAUCGUUCUGGGGGAGAUGCUGAGGAUUUUAAGGAGAUCAGUGAACCUCUAGCACCACCUACUGGCCAGGAGCUCCACAUGCAUUGUUUUUUAGCCCAGAAUGCACGUGAUACUACUGUGACCCCUACUGUUGGUGAGCAGCAGGUCUGUAACCCCACCCUGACCUCUGUUGCUAGUGAGCUGCCUCAGGAAGCUGAUUUGUCUGACCAACCCUUGCUUUACUCCAUGACAGACUCCCAAAUCCAUAAAAUUGCAUUAAGCAUGGAGCUGGAGGACCAGCCUGACCCAGAAGACUGCGAUCAACAGGAGGAUGCCUCAGAGCUCGUAUGUGGCCUCAUCAGAGAACUCUCCUCUCUGAACCGAACCGUGAUGGCGGCCCACCGUGAGAUGGAACUCUUGCGGCGCGGAAAACCUCCGAAGGCUCCAAAUCGCCGCCAUUGUGGUCUUCCCCAUCCUGAGAAGUAGCCACAUACAUCCGGCCUUCCUGAUGAUGACGUAGCUGUGAUGCAGAAAAUAAUACUGCAUCUGAUUCGUCAGUAGGGACCAUUAGUACUUAAUUUACACAAAUCUGUUUAUAGAGAAAAAGUAAAUGGUGUCAUUUGAAAUGUGUGUUCCAGACUGGAUCUAUCCGGGUUGUCUCUGGUUAUACAGGUUUACUUGUUUGUCCCUGAAGUUUGAUUCGUUGUUCAACUAUAAAAUGAAUUGCCAGUGUGUUGGAAUGAGCCUCAGUAUUUUCGUGACAUUUCUGUCAUCAGUGCAAGAAGCAGCUAGCUAUACCUCACGGUGUAUUUAUUUUCAGAAACAGAUUAAUAGGAGGGGUCAAUUGAUAGGUCACAUUGUAAUGAGCGCCUUUGAAUCCACUUGCCAUCGUAUCAUCUUUCUUUUAAAGGCCUUCACCUUGGUUUGUAAACUGUUUAACUGUUGGAUCUAAGACCAGUUGGUUUCAGCUCAUCUACACUGGUGUACAUUUACCAUUUGUGCUCACUUCUAUACUCGUACAACCCUAAGGAAGUGUAUUGAAUUCACCUGCAGCUGAAUUUUGGAAGUGGUCACUUUGUUCUCCUCCAGGUGUUUAGUCUGACCAAUGUACAGGUCACAGAGAAAGUUCUUAAGUGAUGCCUGAUUUCAGUUUACUACAGACAUUUCAGUCAUUUUGUGUGU